CAAAUUAUUCCAAAACGACGUUGCUUCGGUCUUAUAAAAACCCCAUAGCCACCAAGCUCUGAGACCACCCCUGAGCUCCGGCUGACUCAUCAUCGUCUUCUUCUAACUUCUCUCUCUCCAAACUUUGAAAAUGGUGAAGUUGGCUGUUGGUUCCCCCGCUGAUUCCUUCAGUGCGGCCUCUCUUAAAGCUUAUCUCUCUGAGUUCAUUGCCACUCUCCUUUUUGUCUUCGCCGGCGUCGGCUCCGCCAUCGCCUACGGUAAGUUGACGUCCGAUGCGGCGUUGGAUCCACCAGGUCUGGUGGCCGUGGCUGUGGCUCAUGCAUUCGCUCUCUUUGUCGGGGUGUCGAUGGCAGCGAACAUCUCCGGUGGCCAUCUCAACCCCGCGGUGACCUUUGGGUUGGCAAUCGGCGGCAACAUCACCAUCUUGACCGGUUUGUUCUACUGGAUCGCCCAGUCGCUUGGCUCCAUUGUUGCCUGCCUCCUCCUCCAGUUCGUUACCAACGGCAAGAGCAUCCCGACCCACGGCGUGGCAGCGGGAUUGGGAGCAAUUGAAGGUGUAGUGUUCGAGAUCAUAAUCACCUUCGGUUUGGUGUACACAGUUUACGCUACAGCCGCAGACCCUAAAAAGGGCUCUCUUGGGACCAUUGCCCCAAUUGCUAUUGGGUUCAUAGUUGGUGCCAACAUCCUUGCUGCCGGCCCAUUUAGCGGUGGGUCCAUGAACCCAGCCCGUUCAUUCGGCCCAGCUGUUGUCAGUGGAGACUUCUCUCAGAUUUGGAUCUACUGGGUCGGCCCACUUAUUGGUGGUGGGCUUGCUGGGCUUAUCUACGGUGACGUCUUUAUUGGGUCUUAUGCCUCUGUUCCAGUGUCUGAUGACUAUGCUUAAGUUCAGUUGUCGUUUAAGGUUUGUUGUUUGUGUGGUGCUUUUUUCCUUGGUUUUUGUUGGAAAAGAAAAAUGUUGUAAUUUGCUUUGCGCUUUUCUAAUUUAUCUCCUUUGCUUGUUUUUCUUUUGAA